GGUUGAGGGUAUAUGGGCCGGAUCCAAGCCCAUCCAUUAUAUAUAAUAUUUAAUUUUCAAAUUAUAAUAAUACCUUGACCUGCGUUUAACUCAGUCAUUUUGCUGGCCGGAAACCGUCGCCGGAAUAAGUCGGAGCUCUUCUACUAUCUCUACCUCCGGUGAAAUAAAUAUUGAUUUAAGAAGUAUCUCAUAAAACUUCGGUAGGAUUAGAAUCGGGUUAAUUGCUGUUGCGCAGUUUGGAUCCGUCGGGUUGCGGGCCGGGUCAGGCGGAUCCGGAGUCCUGUAAUUCGAAUCGGAGCGAAAAUCGAAGUAGAGAGAUGGAUUCAGGUGCGGGAGAAAGCUCCGCUGCAGAUGAUUACGAGUCGUUGAUGUCAACAACCGAUGCAGAGCUGUUGAAAAGCGCGUGGCGGAACGAGAAAGCUGCGCUGGAGAUUCUCAAAUUCAAUGAGGAUUUAGUUCAUAGGUCACGCCAGCAGAUCCAAUUGAUGGAAGAAAUGGUGGACGAGUCUAGUCAAAACGGCGUUGACCCACUCACGGUGUCUCUUUACCAAAUGGACUUGGAUAGGACCAUGUUUCUUUUGAGAUCCUAUCUUCGUAUUCGUCUCCAAAAGAUUGAGAAGUACGUAUUCCACGUACUGAAAACUCCGGAAAUAUGGGCUCGACUUUCUAAACAAGAACAGAAGUUUGCUAAUAGGUGUGGUGAAGACUUAAAACAUCACCUGGAGCAAUCCGUACUCUCGAAACUGCCGGAUCAAUAUCAAUCUCAUUUGAGGCAAUCUGGAGCAAGCGAAGACGAUGAUAUGGUUCCAGAGCCGCAGCUGGAUGGAUACGUUGUCUGCAGGAGCAAGAAAUAUUUAGGAGCCUUCCAACUUGAUGACGGGGGAGAAGAGCCUGUUAACAUUGAAGCUGAUGAUUUAUAUGCUUUACCAUACAAGUCUAUAAAGCCACUUGUCGAGAGUGGCCAAAUUGACCUCGUUUGACUCCCGUAACAAGGGCAAUAUCUUGUAAGUUUGACCCCCAAAAAAAAAAUCGAAAUCUUGUAAGAUCAAGAAAAUUAUCGAAACAAACUAUGUUAUGUUGGAUCAAUCGGGCCGUGUUAAUCAGAUUUCCUCUUCUUUCUUGCUUGAUUGCCUAAAUUAUCCUCUGUUUUCUUGAUCAUCAAGAAGACUAAGGUAGUCAACUUGUUUUCCUCAGUUUAUUUACGUGUGAAAUACAUUCGAUACAUGAUCACCGUUUA